GGAGGAGAGUUAACGGGACAGAGGAGCUGCGGUGACAGAGCAGAGAGGGCUUCAUCCCGGGCAGAGGGACAACAUGAGGUCGCUGUGGUUCACAUGGGUUUGUGUGGUGCACGGCUCGGAGCUGCUGUCUCACGUGGAGCGCUACGAGGUGGUCCGACCCCAGAGGCUGCGGGGGGGGCAGAGGAGCAGCCUGAAGGAGGAGCAGCUUUAUCCCGACACGGUGCAGUACCAGUUGGCCAUUGAAGGGAGGACCCACACUAUCCAUCUGGAAAAAAACAGUAAUCUCAUCGGGGGGGGCUUCACUGAAACUCACUACUCAGGAGACGGGAAACGAGUCACCACGUCCCCGAGCGAGGAGCUCUGUUACUAUCACGGUCACAUCGCAGGGGAGCCGGACUCGUCGGUCAGUGUCGGGAUCUGUUCUGGAAUCAGCGGCUUCCUUCGAGCCCGGCAGCAGGUUUACCUGAUCGAGCCUCUGGGUCAGUCUGAGGACGGAGACCAUGCAGUGUACAGACAUGAACACCUGAAGAUCAGUGACAGCUCCACAUCGAACCCCAGCAUGAUGUACGACCAGGACCAGAACCAGGACCAGGACCAGGACCAGGGGCCUCGCCUGGCUGGUCUCUUCAGGUCCAGACCCUGGAAGACGAACCCUGUCACUCAGAGGUUUGUCGAGUUGUUUGUGGUCGUCGACAACUCGGAGUACAAACGAUAUGGAAGUGAGACCAAGUCCCGUGUCCUCGGGGCAAUAAACCACGUUGACAAGCUCUAUCGAACCCUGAACAUCCGGGUCAUGCUGGUGGGCCUGGAGAUCUGGACGCACAGAGACUACAUCCAGGUGGAAGAAAACUCAGAGACGACUCUGGACAACUUCCUGAUGUGGCGACAGGCCGACCUGCUGAGGAGGACGCAGCACGACAACGCCCAGUUUGUGACCGGCAGAGACUUGGAGAACAACACGGUGGGGCUGGCUAAUAAGUUCGCCAUGUGCACCGGGAACUCGGGAGGAAUCAACCAGGAUCACCACGAGAACCCGAUAGGCCUCGCCUCCACCAUCGCUCACGAGAUGGGACACAACUUUGGUUUGUCCCACGAUGACCCGGGCUGCGUGUGUGGUCCGUUCCACAGCAGCGACAACUGUGUGAUGGCCGACAAGCUCAGGACAGGAAGUCAAGCGUUCCCGGAGUUCUUCAGCAGCUGCAGCGUCCAGCAGCUGGCUGAGUUCCUGGAGCGAGCUCAGCCCGACUGCCUGGACCGACCCCGAGGCGUCAGGACCAUCGCUGUGGGCCCCCGCUGUGGCAACGCCCUGCUGGACCCCGGAGAGGAGUGUGACUGUGGCACCGUGGAGGAAUGCAGGAACCUCUGUUGUGAAGCCUCGACUUGUCGUCUGAAGGAAGGAUCCCAGUGUGCUCACGGCCAGUGCUGCGAUAACUGUCAGUUCCAGCCGGCUGGAGGUGUGUGCAGGAAGUCGGCCGGCGACUGCGACCUGCCUGAGUUCUGCACCGGCCUCUCGGGGGAGUGUCCCGAGGACGGCUUCGAGAUGAACGGCAAACCCUGCUCCGGCCCGGCGCCGGGCUACUGCCACGACGGCCAGUGUCCCUCACACGAGCAGCACUGCUGGAGGCUGUUUGGACCCGGGGCCAUGGUUGGACCAGAUUUGUGUUUCGACCUGAACAAACGAGGCGAGGAAGGUGCAAACUGUGGGAGAACCAAACGGGGCUACAUCCCCUGCACGGUGCAGAAUUACAAGUGUGGGUCUAUAUUUUGUCUGGGAGGGGGCGAGUCCAUCACUGGUAAGAGGGCAGGGUACACUGUGCGUGGCAUGGAGUGCAAAGUGGUGGUGGAUGAACUCACCAGGAACCUGGACAUGGUGCCUUCAGGGACCAGAUGUGGACCAAAUAAGGUUUGUCUCGACAACAGAUGUGUGGACAAAUCAGUUUAUGGGGAAAAGGAGGAAUGUUCCAAGAAAUGCAACAAUAACGGGGUGUGUAACCACAGGAGCGAGUGCCAGUGCGAUCCCAGCUGGGCUCCGCCUCACUGCCACGUCCGCUACGCAGAUUUACCUCAAGGUCACAUGGGAACAAUCGUGGGCGUGUGUGCCGCUCUGUCCGUCCUGCUGCUGGUCGCUGUGGUGAUAACGGGACUGAUGUGCUGCAAAAAAGACAAAAUGGACGACUUCAUCUGGAAAAGGAAAGUGCAUUCGGCUCCAGGCCAGUUGAACCCGAUGUUCCAGGAAGCGGAGGUUAAAGACAGACCUCAGAUCAGUCAGCCGACUCUCAUGGGCUCGACGGCAGCACAGGUCUGUGACCCCCUGAUGGUCCAUGUGACCCCGAGCAGACCGGCUCCACAGCCGCCACAGAAAGAGUCUCUGGUGUCGUCUGCCUCCCACACUGAGCCGACAAAACCUCAACCUCCACCAAAGCCUCUGCCGCCUUUGAACAAACCACAGUACAAAGCAGCCAGACCAAAUCCUCCUCCUGUGCCUCCAGUCAAGCCUUGUCCUCCUGCAGCAGCCCGAGUCAAGCCGUGCACUCCUCCACCCCCCCCAGCGAAGCCUCAGGUCCACAGACCAACAUGACCAGUGGUUGCCCAGUAUGACUGAGACGUUGACUCAGAGCGUCUGAUCACAUCCGACUCACAGCUUCACUGCUGCUGUAAGAAAAGUGAUGUCGUUCACAAAGUGACAAUCACCUGCUGCUGCAGCUGGAACUGUUGUGACUGUUUUGUUGUGUUACAUUAAAUUAUGUUUUAUUAGUGUGAGGAAAGUCGUUUCUGUUCUAGAGACGAUAGAGCACUUCCCAAAAGGAAGCCAAAGUAUUUAUCGCCCCCUGGUGGCUGGCUGCACUACAGGUCAUAAGCCCCGCCUCUAUGACGCGUCGUCCAUCUUUAUUUAGUCUAUGGUUCGUACCUUUGUGCCUUAACUGGGGUUUGGACUGAGCCUCGUUAGUCUAUCAUAAAAAACACAGUGUGAAUAUUUAAUUAAUGUUUGCAAAAGGGGAAUCAUCAGAGAUACCGAGCUGAGGCUAAACCACUCGUCUCCACUGCACAAAGAUUUUAUAAUUAAACACGUUUAAACCUGAUCAGCCACAAAACCAGUGAAUCCCAUCUGUUUAGAAACAGGCCAGCCAACACACCAGUUCUUUGCUGUUCUGAGCCGAGGGGCCGGGUCCAGUGAACAGUCUGUGAGGCUGAGCUCACCCCAGUGCUUUUCAUACAGUCCCUAAAUCGUCCGAAGCCAGUCGGCACUUUGAGGUUCAUUUGAAUUCUCUCUACGUUUGCCUUGAGAACCUGUGAGCGGUACUUUCAGCCCGGACGCUCUGCACAGAGCAGCGUGUGUGUUCUGUGAUUCAGCUGAAACAUCUUCAUGCUCCGGUUCGUUUUCAGCCCCUGAGGAGAAAUCUGUUUUUUUUACUGCACUGAUAUUUUUCUAGGGCAACAGUCAUGUGCUCUUUUACUUCGAAGCAGAAAUUGCAAAUGAGUGUUUUUAUCACAAUGAUCCUGAUUCUCCGUUUCUCUCUGAUCACAUGAUGAAGUGAAUGUAAAAACGAAUGAAAGGUCUUUUCUUGUAACAAAGUAAAGUGCACUUUAAUACAAAACUAUGUUUUUCAUUUAGUGGAUUAAAUAAUGAUUAAAACUUAGAUUUUUCAUGAUGAA